CGCCAGCCACAUAAAGUCUAUCCCUCCAACAAACUUGUGUUUAUAGUGUGAACGCAGAGAGGCCGGCAGUAACAAUCUUUACAAAGAUGCAGUCCUUGACCUGGUUCUUAGCAUUGGCGGGAUGUCUCGCUUUUGCUCAAGCUCAUACGUAUCAUAUGGGCGCUUGUCCCAUCGUGGAACCUAUGCAGGGCUUUCAGAUGAACAGAUUCCUAGGCCUGUGGUAUGUCAUCCAAAAAACGUCGACAGGUAGCAAAUGUAUCACUUACAACUAUACACGAGGAGAAGAACCGGGCGAGUACGUGAUAACGCAGGACUCCGAUCAUCUGAUCUUAGGUCUUACACCAUUGAAACACGAAUACCAUUACACUGGUGAACUGACUGUACCGGAACCCAGUACUCCAGGACGUAUGGAAGUUCGUUUCCCGCUUAGUGUAGCCGGAAGCGCAUCCCACGUGGUGUUCACAACCGAUUACGACACUUAUGCCGGGAUAUUCACGUGCCAGAAGCUGACGUUUGCCCAUCGACAGAGCGCCACGAUCCUCUCGAGGAGCCGAACGUUGGACCAGCCACAGGUGGACAAGAUACGUCAACGGAUGAGUCAAUUUGGCGUUGAUCCGUUCGAUUUGAGUAUCGUUACGCAGUCCGGCUGCUCGCGUGGUGACGAUGGUGUGGACAUCAAUAUCGAUCCUAACACCUUCACUUCCGAAAACCUCGGCAACGUGGUGCGCAAAGCGGGAGAAAAGAUCGGCGAUGGUGUCCAAUGGAUCUCUCAAGCCGGAAGCCAGGUUUAUCACAAGCUGACCGGAAAGGAAGAAGACCCAACUUCGACGACGGAGCAGAAUAGCCGCGUAACAAAUGCCAGGAACGAUGGAAGAUUGGAAAACAACGAAGUAGAAUGGAUUCCUUAAAAAUCCAUUUUUUCUUAUUGCAUUAUUAUGUUAAUCGCAAUCUCCACGCGAUUAAACGUCUAUAUUACACAUUCUAUAGAGCGAGAUUUUUUUGACGUAUGUUUGACUAUUGUUUUAUUUAGAAAUAUAGUACAAUUUUAUAUGACAAUUAGAAAUAAAUUUAUAUGAUAAAAGAAAAGUAUAUAUGUGUAGCACUAAUUGACUCGACAAACAUAUGAUAUGAUACAUCAUACAUGUUUAGAAUGUACAAAAAAAUUUUGAUCAAUAAAAUUAAAAAAAAAAGCACAAUAUACAUAUUUAUAUAAAUUACAUAUGUAUUCAUGAAUUACAAGGAACGAAUGAAACAAAUUUAAGGAAAGAUACAAAUAAAUAAAAAUGAUGGAUAAACUUUCUAUUUGUGGACAUUUUGUCGUUUUAGAAAUUAUGUCAGUAAUCAUUAUUGACAUUAAUUAUAUUAAACAUCCCAUCAUUGAUGUAAGUUUAUCUAUGAAAACAAUGUAAUACACCUUCUGUGACAAACAAUUUGGAGAUUAAAAUCGGAAAUACUAAUCCUAUAUGAAAUUGGAUAAAGAAUAAAAUAAAGUAAUACAUAUGUACAUUGAGCUUUUUCUUUUUCGGUAUA